UCGGCUUGGACUUCUACUUGUUUAGCUUAUAAUAGGAUCAUUACUAACUGCACUACCGCGGAGUCUUCUUAAUAAAGUCUCAACGUUUCGACUAGCUUGCUCUCUGGUCAUCAUCAGGAGACUCUGCCUGUUACUUCUAACCUACUUUCUUGCUACAACAAAAACUGAAGAUCUUUCACAGUUUACAUAAUGUUAGUUCUACGUGUUGCGGUUCUGCUUGCUAGCAUCUUGAGCUUGAGGGGGGAAAUGUGCUCGACGAUGGUCACUGUUGCUCCCGGGGAGGAAGGGAAGCCACUGACGGCUAAGGCAUUCGCUGAGUUUACCGCUAAGUGCCGAAAGGACAGAAACAAAGUGACGUUGAAGCCGGUGACUACAAAACAGCCAUCGGUCACCACUACAAUUUCGUCAUUAACAACUUCGGUGCCACCUUUGACCACCGAAAUUCCGUCAACGACAGCAGAACCACCGUCAACAGCAACUUUGAUGCAACCACCGACCACCAAUUUUCGACAAACGACACGAACGACAAAAGUCUCAACCACACCCUUGGCAACACCAUGCUUCUUGAUACAGACAAACUCCGAUGACGUAAAACGAAUCCCCGAAGGUCGAUACUUCACAUCAUAUCCCGUGGUUCUGCUUUUUACUCUCCAGAACUCUGCCAGCAGAUUGAUUGAGCUACGUUUUAUGGAUGGUGGAAAUGAAAUAUACACUAUGCAGGUGAGAAGAGGUCCCAAUGAUUCAACUAUCGGAUCUGCAACUGCAGUAUUUAAUACCGAAUUCGACGCGUCGAUUAUGUUUCGGAUGUCUUACGGCGAUGGUUUGAUAAGCCUGGAAGCUCUCGACGAAAGUGGAACUAGUAUGACGCACACCUACUCGCCCUCUCUCGAUAACGACGUGAAGUAUAUUGAAUUGUACUCCAAAUCCCAAACGUUGACCGAUUGGACCUUUUAUAAAACGUGCGCCACGUUUGAAUAGACUGAAAAUCGGGAAAUUUUUCCGUAUCCUGCCACUCCGUUUCUUUCUUUUUUUUUUUACCAAAAAAAGGAAUAUCUCAUUAUUCUGAAUAAAUUGCAUACUACUUUAAUUCAUGAAAACAUUUCUUUGCUAAACAAGAAAUAAGUGGGGUACCACGUCGCAGCAACGGUAACCGUGUGGUAUUCUGGCUUAAAUUUUCUGAACCUGGGCUCGAGGUCGUUUUCAUAACUCAUUAUAUUAUGCAUCUAUCUAGGAUAGAUCCAAGGCACAGUGUACUUGAUGUUGGAAUCGAUUGAGGACGAGGGGGGACACCGCCAAUCGAGAUAAAAAUAGAACAGACUGAGGAUGAGGAAGUCAAUUAAAAUAUAAUUUUGUCAAGAUAUUAUAAUUUUCAUCGGACACUGAAGCGUGUUGUAAUUGCAGUCAUCUCUCCGCCAGAUUUCUGUGGCCUAUUUUUUAAUACCAUCCUACCUUUGAUCUUGUUAUUCUUUAAUUGACCAUUGUCAAUCCGCCAGGUUACACAACAUAACAUAACUAUUAAAAUUUAUAAGGCGCAACUCCAUCAAGAUCAUAGCACACUAGAACGAAAUUAACUUGGAAAAAGGCGAGUCUUAAGGACUUUACACGAAAAGCAGAAAGGCACUGCACACGUUUGGUAAUUGUCAACUACAGCACCUUCUCACUCGCUGUAUCCCAAUUCCCAACAUAAUAAUAUGCACAACAACAAAAACUGUAAAAAAAUUGACUCUAUGGGAGAC